AUGAUUUGGUCUCGAAUCAACUUCGUCGCCCUCUUCGGCUUGGUUGGCCUCGCGAAGGCAGAUACUACCUUCUUCAACGAGUCGACUGCCAUUCCCAAGUUCCACCUCACACUGACGCCGAGUCUGGUUCAGGAUGACUAUCGCCUUCGUGGGAAAAUCGUUUUAAGCAGGGCAUGCGGUAGCAAUGAGACGCUGGUAGUGUUGCCUAAGACCAUCGCGAGCGUAGCAUCUGCGCAAUAUGGUGCCAACGGCUUGACAGCAUCCGAUAAGGAAGGAGCCCUGCCUCUCGACUUUCAGGAGGUAGCUCAAGGUCCCUUCGGAUUACCAACUCAACAAUGGACACCUAAAAGAGCCACAGAAGGCCCAGUAUCAAUCGAAUUCACGGCAAAGCCUGCUUCUGUCAACGUCAGUGCUCUUCCGGGGCCUCAUUUCGAUAUUAGGAACGCCACCGGUGGUCUCACUGGCUCGAUGUGGGCUUUGGUACCAGUUCCAAAUCCUCUGUCGGGUGAUAAUUACAAUAUCACCGUUUCUUGGAACAUCUCGGCCGAGCAGGACGCUGCAUAUACCUGGGCUGACGGUGUAGGACCCCACAGUCACAACUUCGUCGGGCCUUUAACACGACUGACCCAGACUUAUUUUAUCGUCGGCGAUGUCAAGGGCUAUCCGAGCAUGCCAACCGGCCCUGACGGCAAAUUUGGGAUCUACUGGCUUGAGAAGACGCCUUUCGAUAUCGAACAGGUUGGCCAGUACCUCCAAAACUUGUUGUCUUACUCGACCAAAUUCUGGCAAGACAACUCCACGGACCCAUACCGCGUUUUCAUUCGCAUCAACGAAGAACAGCGUGCUGGGUCCGUCGGGACCGGCGCUGGCGGUACUGCCUUGCUGAGGUCCUUCUUAUUUGGAUACAACCGGGAUGCAGGGCUGGUGCAGGACAGAGUCAUCACGCUGUUGGCGCACGAGAUGACACACAACUGGACCCCGUGGUCCAGCGGAACCAAUGCCGAACAGUCUCGGUACAACGAAGGAGGGGCCGAGUUCUGGUCCUUGAGGCUUCUUUGGCGUGCCGGUAUGCUCAAUACGGACCAGUAUCUCAACGAGAUGAAUACCAGAGCGGUCGACUAUUACACCAACCCGACAGUGAAUUUCACCGACAAGAAAGCCCAGGAUGUUGCAUGGGAGAUUCGCGACGCCCAAAGAAUUCCAUAUGGCCGAGGCAUGCUUCACUUCGCCAACAUUGAUGCUCAGAUGAGAGCCAAAUACAACGGAACCCAGAAACUUGACAAUCUUGCGAUCCCCUUCUUGCAUACUUGCCAGCAAAGCGGCAACUGUGGCGCAGAGGAAUGGAAGCCGUCGAUGAUUGGAACAAAGUAUCUUCAGGACAACCACUUAUAA